AUGGGUGUAUGUAUUAGCCAUGAGUACUCUAAACCAACAGCUCAAGAAACUGAAAUACAACAACAAUUUUCCAACUUCUCAAAAGUCGAUGAACGCCCUCCAAUGGCUGUGGAGCAUCAAAUGUACGACUACAGACAGGCAUAUGAGGAACAAGAUGAUGAACUUUUUGCAAUUAUAUGUUGUCCCCAUUCAAUUGGAUUCGAUCGUGAUAAAAUUGCACUGAUAGAUUUGGAUCCAACCAGUGAUACCUACUGUACAAUCAUCUCUGAAAUCCGAUUGACCUCAAAUGGAGACGAGCCUGGAAGAAUGAAUUGGGCGAAAUCCGCGGAAUCGUUGAUUGAAAUGGACAAGCUGAUUCGAAAAAAUAUCAUUGUACCCUGCAUGAAUUCUGGAAAAAUCUAUGUGAUUGGGUUUGACAAAAACAAGUUUUAUAUGGAAAAGUCUAAAAAUAUCUUUAAAUUGCAGGAAAUUCGAAGCGAUGAGCUAUUCCGGAAGGAUGUUUCCUGUCCUUAUGCAGUGAGAUCACUCCCACUAAAAGGAGCACCAGUGCAUGUUUCCACAAUGGGAGAUAGAUAUGGACAUGGAAAAGGUGAUUUCGUCUUGAUUGAUCGUAAAACCUGGGAGAUCCGGAAAAAGAGCGAUCCCACGUUCUCAUCUUUCGGUGGUGACUUCUCGCUUCAACCCCGCCACAACCUUCUGAUUUCCAGCGAAUGGGGACAUCCUCGUUUGUUUCGUGAUGGUUUUCAGCCGAGUGAACUUGAAAACGUGUCAGAAAGCUUUGGAUCUUGUCUGCACGUCUGGCAGAUCAGCCCUCCGAAGUUACUACAAUCAAUUGGUUUGGAUUCGUUUGAUGGGAGUCUUGUGAUUUCCGUCAAGUUUUUGCACAAUACGGAUUGUAACCAUGCUUUCGCAAUUUCCGCGAUAGGAUCAUCUAUUUUUCACCUGCACAUGAACACGUUGAGUCGCGAAUGGCAAGCUGAUAGAGUGGCACAUGUGCCAUCUUUGAAAGUUGAAAAUUGGGUGAGCGACGAGAUGCCAGCUCUUCUAACUGAUAUGAUAAUCUCGAUGGAUGAUCGAUGGCUGUAUGUUUGUGGAUUCUUACAUGGCAUUGUUUGGAGAUUUGAUAUUCAGGAUCCAUUCAGAGUAUCCCUUCAUGGAAAGAUUAAUCUAGGGGGAGUAUUCGAUAGUUCUCCUGAAGUGCGCAUCAAAACUUCUAAUGCAAUGGAGGAUCGUUGGUGGCUGCCCCCAGAGACCCGUUCAUUGCCACGUGGCACAAAGUUCAGAGGAGGUCCCGCAUUGAUGCAAUUAUCUAAAGACGGCAGCCGUCUUUAUGUUUGCAAUUCGUUUUAUAAAGCCUGGGACGGGCAGUUUUAUCCGGAGCUUAUUUCGGAUGGAGGACAAAUGGUCCGAGUGGAUAUCGUUGACAACGAGAUGCGGCUCAACAAAAAGUUUCUCGUAGAUAUGAAAGAUCAACCAAACGGCCCAUUUGUAAUUCGUGACAUCAAAUUUCUGGACGGCGAUUGUACCAGUGACUCUUUUCUAUAA